AUGUUCGAAGCGAUGAUCAACAGCGACUUUGCACCUUCGUCUCUGGCAGUGCUGCAUGCGAAUGGUCCGCAUCCGGCGAUGGGCGGCGACAUGCAGACACAGGCUCAGCGAUUCCCAUCCGUACCCGAUGUCCAACGUUCACCAGGGCCAGCACGCUUCCGGUGGGACAAGGACAAUGCCAGCAUGGUGUGUUUCGAUCGACCGCAUGUAAAAUUCGAAGGAGUGUCAUGUACGCAUGCCGAUUACAAGCCUCCGCCGCUCUCAGCUUUGCGGAGUUUUGUCGAUGGUCACGUCGUGAACAAGGUGGAGGAGCGAUUCCCACAGCCACAGCUGGAAGCCCGAUGCGGCUCAGGCGAGUCUGAGAGUCACAGCCGGUACAAAGCACCACCUUCGGAUGCGUAUCGUGCGGACAUCCUGCGCCCACGCUCGGAGUACUGGGAGGCUUGCCGCUUCCCGGACAGACAUGUGCCGAUUCAGAGGACAUCCUGCACCCAUGACUCCUUCAGAGCGCCCCCAUUGGCGGAUCUGCGGCAGCCGGCGGUAGUGGAUUGCCACAUGCAGGGAGCGGAAACAAAAGUCUUCUUCAGUGGCGAGUCAACUGUGCAGGCAGAUUACAAGGCACCACCGCCAGAUGUGGCGAAAUUGGCCAUGGAAGGUGGCCAGCCACCACCCACGCUUCCGAUCGGUGACCCCAGUGCAAGGUUCGAGGGGCAGUCGAGGACUCACUGUGAUUACCAGCCCCCACCUUUGGAAGCUUUUCGUGUCACAUCCGCACUGCCCACUCUUCUCUGCCCAGACAUGCAGCCUAGCAUCCCGUUCGUGGGGCAGUCCUCGAUGCAUGCUGACUAUGCAGCACCUCCAGUGGCUCCAUUGACUGCAUUUUCCGCGCCUGUCCCUCACCGGCAGUCCGCCGCACAGGACCUCAUCCAUCCUCACCCUGGCCAGAAGUCAGUGUCAACUGCGCACCAUGAUUACAAAGCCCCAGGCCUAGAGCAGUUGCGGCAGGCCCUGGUGCAAAGUGGCAUGGAGGCACCGCAAAUGCCUUUGCCUCGCACGAAGUUCGAAGGAGAAUCCUGCACACACAGAGAUUUUCAGGCCCCUCCCAGCGUCAUCCCAGAAUUCCGAGCACCGCUCGGCGAUGCCAUGCCUGCUGUGCGGGAGCUAUUGCAGCCCACGGCUGGCACGCUCAACGAAUCAACAACGCAGCAUGAUUACCGAGCCCGGCCACUGGGAUCAUGGUACCAAGACUUGUCAUCAACCCGGGAGGAAACGAUCCCGCUGCCGCGGACACGCUUCCAGGGCGAGUCAACUGUGCAGGCAGAUUACAAGGCACCACCGCCAGAUGUGGCGAAAUUGGCCAUGGAAGGUGGCCAGCCACCACCCACGCUUCCGAUCGGUGACCCCAGUGCAAGGUUCGAGGGGCAGUCGAGGACUCACUGUGAUUACCAGCCCCCACCUUUGGAAGCUUUUCGUGUCACAUCCGCACUGCCCACUCUUCUCUGCCCAGACAUGCAGCCUAGCAUCCCGUUCGUGGGGCAGUCCUCGAUGCAUGCUGACUAUGCAGCACCUCCAGUGGCUCCAUUGACUGCAUUUUCCGCGCCUGUCCCUCACCGGCAGUCCGCCGCACAGGACCUCAUCCAUCCUCACCCUGGCCAGAAGUCAGUGUCAACUGCGCACCAUGAUUACAAAGCCCCAGGCCUAGAGCAGUUGCGGCAGGCCCUGGUGCAAAGUGGCAUGGAGGCACCGCAAAUGCCUUUGCCUCGCACGAAGUUCGAAGGAGAAUCCUGCACACACAGAGAUUUUCAGGCCCCUCCCAGCGUCAUCCCAGAAUUCCGAGCACCGCUCGGCGAUGCCAUGCCUGCUGUGCGGGAGCUAUUGCAGCCCACGGCUGGCACGCUCAACGAAUCAACAACGCAGCAUGAUUACCGAGCCCCGCCACUGGGAUCAUGGUACCAAGACUUGUCAUCAACUCGGGAGGAAACGAUCCCGCUUCCGCGGACACGCUUCCAGGGCGAGUCAACUGUGCAGGCAGAUUACAAGGCACCACCGCCAGAUGUGGCGAAAUUGGCCAUCGAAGGUGGCCAGCCACCACCCACGCUUCCGAUCGGUGACCCCAGUGCAAGGUUCGAGGGGCAGUCGAGGACUCACUGUGAUUACCAGCCUCCACCCUUAGAAGCACUUAUGUUAAGCCUGAAAGCGGAUGACACUGCACGGGUUCAGGAAGAAGCCACAUUUUCUUCGACGCAUGGUGGGGCCUUCGAGGGGGUGUCGACCAGCCACCAUGAUUUUUUGCAGCCACCAAAGGAAGCGUAUCCCAAAAAACCAAGCAGACGAGCCAGCAAGCUCGAUGGCGAGCCUGCGGCACCUCUGCAGAACUUGUGGGAGUGGCUUCAUAGUGCCGAGCAAACCAGCGCCUCACCCAACGAGUCCUCCAUGCGAGCAGAUUACAAAGCACCUCCGCCUGCGGCGCCUGCAGACACCCAGUUCAAGAGCGGGCAAGAGACUCAAGAAAGCCAACAUGCAAUACACUUCGAGGCCACGUCAUCUAUGCGGUCUCACUACCCACCACCGCCAGCAGAAGCACUCAGCAUUGCUCCUGCAGACGUUCGUUCUCGUCAAGGUGAUCUGCGAGACAGCUUUGUUCUGGCUACGAAGUUCGAAGGCGAGUCCACUGCGCAGAGAGACUUCGUAAAGCAUCCGGUUGGAGCAUUGCCAGAUUUGUGCCCGACAUCGCUCGACAGCAGAAGCAUUGCAGAGAAUCCCCCGUUCCAAGGUGAGUCGUCCAUGCGGGCUCACUACCCAGCGCCGCCACCUGAUGCAUUCAGAAUUGCCACUGCAGAUUCCCGGUGUCGUCAAGAUGAUCUGCAGCAUAGCUCUGUUCAAGCGGCAUCGUUUGAAGGUGAGUCCACGGCGCACAGAGACUUCCAAAAGCACCCUGUUCCGGUAGAGGAGUUGCCAGACAUGAGCCAGAUGUCACGCGACGCCAGCAAAAGCGACUCGCACCAUCUUCCAUUCGAAGGAGAGUCGUCCAUGCGGGCUCACUAUCCAGCACCGCCGCCUGAUGCAUUCAGAGUUGCCCCUGCGGACGUGCGGUCUCGUUGGGAUGACAUGAUGCAGAGCUCUGUUCAAGCUGCAAGGUUUGAGGGCGAGUCCACGGCACACAGAGACUUCCAACAACAUCCGGUUGAAGCGUUGCCAGAGUUGUGCCCGACAUCGCUCGACAGCAGAAGCGUAGCAGAGAAUCCCCCGUUCCAAGGUGAGUCGUCCAUGCGGGCUCACUACCCAGCGCCGCCACCUGAUGCAUUCAGAAUUGCUACUGCAGAUUCCCGGUGUCGUCAAGAUGAUCUGCAGCAUAGCUCUGUUCAAGCGGCAUCGUUUGAAGGUGAGUCCACGGCGCACAGAGACUUCCAAAAGCACCCUGUUCCGGUAGAGGAGUUGCCAGACAUGAGCCAGAUGUCACGCGACGCCAGCAAAAGCGACUCGCACCAUCUUCCAUUCGAAGGAGAGUCGUCCAUGCGGGCUCACUAUCCAGCACCGCCGCCUGAUGCAUUCAGAGUUGCCCCUGCGGACGUGCGGUCUCGUUGGGAUGACAUGAUGCAGAGCUCUGUUCAAGCUGCAAGGUUUGAGGGCGAGUCCACGGCACACAGAGACUUCCAACAACAUCCGGUUGAAGCGUUGGCAGAGUUGUGCCCGACAUCGCUCGACAGCAGAAGUGUGGCAGAGAAUCCCCCGUUCCAAGGUGAGUCGUCCAUGCGGGCUCACUACCCAGCGCCGCCACCUGAUGCGUUCAGAAUUGCUACUGCAGAUUCCCGGUGUCGUCAAGAUGAUCUGCAGCAUAGCUCUGUUCAAGCGGCAUCGUUUGAAGGUGAGUCCACGGCGCACAGAGACUUCCAAGCACAUCCUAUGCAAGCUGUGCCAGAGCUGGCGCCCGACAGAAGCGUGGUGCACACUCUUCCGUUCGAAGGCGAGUCGUCCAUGCAGUCACACUACAGAGCACCGCCACAGGAUGCUUUCAAGGUUGCUCCCGCAGAUGCUCGGUCUCGUCAAGGUGAUCUUCAGCAUAGUUCUGCUCAAGCUGCGCAGUUCGAAGGCGAGUCCACGGCACACAGAGAUUUUCAAGCACAUCCUGUGCCGGCUUUGCCAGAGCUUCUGCCGGACAACAGCGGGGUGCAUACUCUUCCGUUCGAGGGCGAAUCGUCUAUGCAGGCGCACUACAAGGCACCGCCACAGGACGCUUUCAAGGUUGCUCUUGCAGACGCUCGGUCUCGUCAAGGUGAUCUGCAGCAUAGUUCUGCUCAAGCUGCGCAGUUCGAAGGCGAGUCCACGGCACACAGAGACUUCCAAGCACAUCCUGUGCAAGCUGUGCCAGAGCUGGCGCCCGACAGAAGCGUGGUGCACACUCUUCCGUUUGAAGGCGAGUCGUCCAUGCAGUCACACUACAGAGCACCGCCACAGGAUGCUUUCAAGGUUGCUCCUGCAGAUGCUCGGUCUCGUCAAGGUGAUCUGCAGCAUAGUUCUGCUCAAGCUGCGCAGUUCGAAGGCGAGUCCACGGCACACAGAGAUUUCCAAGCACAUCCUGUGCAAGCUGUGCCAGAGCUGGCGCCCGACAGAAGCGUGGUGCACACUCUUCCGUUCGAAGGCGAGUCGUCCAUGCAGUCACACUACAGAGCACCGCCACAGGAUGCUUUCAAGGUUGCUCCCGCGGAUGCUCGGUCUCGUCAAGGUGAUCUGCAGCAUAGUUCUGCUCAAGCUGCGCAGUUCGAAGGCGAGUCCACGGCACACAGAGACUUCCAAGCACAUCCUGUGCAAGCUGUGCCAGAGCUGGCACCCGACAGAAGCGUGGUGCACACUCUUCUGUUCGAAGGCGAGUCGUCCAUGCAGUCACACUACAGAGCACCGCCACAGGAUGCUUUCAAGGUUGCUCCCGCAGAUGCUCGGUCUCGUCAAGGUGAUUUGCAGCAUAGUUGUGCUCAAGCUGCGCAGUUCGAAGGCGAGUCCACGGCACACAGAGACUUCCAAGCACAUCCUGUGCAAGCUGUGCCAGAGCUGUCGCCCGACAGAAGCGUGGUGCACAUUCUUCCGUUCGAAGGCGAGUCGUCCAUGCAGUCACACUACAGAGCACCGCCACAGGAUGCUUUCAAGGUUGCUCCUGCAGACGCUCGGUCUCGUGCAGGUGAUCUGCGACAUAGUUGUGCUCGAGCUGUAAAGUUCGAAGGCGAGUCCACGGCACACAGAGAUUUCCAAGCACAUCCUGUGCCGGCUUUGCCAGAGCUGCCGCCGGACAACAGCAGGGUGCAUGCUCUUCCGUUCGAGGGCGAAUCGUCUAUGCAGGCGCACUACAAGGCACCCCCACAGGACGCUUUCAAGGUUGCUCUUGCAGACGCUCGGUCUCGUCAAGGUCAUCUGCCGCAUAGUUCUGCUCAAGCUGCAAUGUUCGAGGGCGGGUCCACGGCACACAGAGACUUCCAAGCACAUCCUGUGCAAGCUUUGCCAGAGCUGCUGCCAGACAGAAGCGUGGUGCACACUCUUCCGUUCGAAGGCGAGUCGUCCAUGCAGUCACACUACAAAGCACCGCCACAGGAUGCUUUCAAGGUUGCUCCUGCAGACGCUCGGCCUCGUCAAGGUGAUCUGCAGCAUAGUUCUGCUCAAGCUGCGCAGUUCGAAGGCGAGUCCACGGCACACAGAGAUUUCCAAGCACAUCCUGUGCAAGCUGUGCCAGAGCUGGCGCCCGACAGAAGCGUGGUGCACACUCUUCCGUUCGAAGGCGAGUCGUCCAUGCAGUCACACUACAGAGCACCGCCACAGGAUGCUUUCAAGGUUGCCCCCGCAGAUGCUCGGUCUCGUCAAGGUUAUCUGCAGCAUAGUUCUGCUCAAGCUGCGCAGUUCGAAGGUGAGUCCACGGCACACAGAGAUUUCCAAGCCCAUCCUGUGCAAGCUUUGCCAGAGCUGCCGCCAGACAGCAGCGUGGUGCACACUCUUCCGUUCGAAGGCGAGUCGUCCAUGCAGUCACACUACAGAGCACCGCCACAGGAUGCUUUCAAGGUUGCUCCUGCAGAUGCUUUUUCUCGUCAAGGUUAUCUGCAGCAUAGUUCUGCUCAAGCUGCACAGUUCGAAGACGAGUCCACGGCACACAGAGAUUUCCGAGCCCAUCCUGUGCCGGCGUUACAAGAGGCACGGCCCGAAAGCAGUAUCAUGCCAUGUCAUCUUCCUUUCGAAGGCCAGUCGUCCAUGAGGGCUCACUACCAGGCACCGCCACCAGAUGCUUGCAACUUUGCCCCAGUGCACGCCCAGUCUCGUCAAGUUGAAAUGCAGCACGGUCUUGUGGAAGCUGCAAAGUUUGAGGGGGAGUCCACCGCGCGCAGAGACUUCCAAGCACCUCCCAUGCAGGCUUUGAAACACUUCCCUACUCUCGACAGCCGCAGUUUGCCGUGCAGCCUGCCCUUCGAAGGCACGUCUUCUAUGCGGGCUCACUACCAACCACCGCCACGCUCCGCCUUCCUGUUGCAAACACAGCACAUUGCGACGCCAGUGCGGCACGCCUCAAGAUCUCAGGGCACCAUUACUGCACGUUCCGAUUCCCAAGCUCACGGGGAGCCAGGCCAGCAACAUGGACAGGGACAAGUGGCCGCAGAGGCCAGUGUCCCGAUGGUGGCCUGCUGCACGGCUCCGUCACCCGAAACACUCCCAAGCGCAUCGUGGCAACAGCCCGCUGCCGGGAGGGGCGGCGGCAUCCUGCAUCGCCCAAAUUCGGAUUGUGAGCUAGUCAAUGCGUCUUCAGGCAGUGCUUGCGUUCCUCCUUUCCAGCUUGGGACAUGCGAGCAAGAACCCUCCGUGCUGACUUACCAGGAGCAGGACAGGCCAAAUCAAACGGAGACAGGUUUGCAAGUUGUAGGAGGCCAGGAAGCGCCCAGUGCCAGGACGCAUCAAAGUUUCAAGGUUCCAUCCCUGGACCGGUUGCGAGCGAUUCUUCAGGAAGCUGAGGCAUGCUGCACGGAGACCCGGCGGGAGGAUUAUGAGGCUCUUGGCACAGGGCUCGAGGCAACACAGAAGCCCGACAGAUCCAGAUAUUCACCUGGUCCUGGCUGUGCACCAGAUCUGCGCAGACCGGUAGCUCUCAGGCACUUGAAGCUCGGGCUGAGCAUCGAGUUGGGCCUCGCUGCGACGACCGGCCAGCAGAGGCAGAGGCGACACGGCCGUGGGAGCGCAAUCGAGACUCGAGAGCAUCUGCUGUCAUCUGUCUUCCCGCAUCCAGAGGCCGCCUUCUCCCUGGCCGACAGUGCACGGCGAGAUGCUUUUGUGAAUGCUGUGCUACUGUUCAUGUGUGGUGGGAUGCUUCAGGUGGGAUGUGGCAACAAGUCGACUGCAAGAUCGAUCUCCAGACGCCGCAAACGCGGUCAUAGCGGCUUAGCGGAGCUCCCUGUCCUGGAGUUUCAAACUCGUCGCGAUGCCCCGAACCUACGGACGAGACAGAGCCGCUUGCAGAAGACGGCCGCCGGCUUCUCUCAAUGGCUCGGGGCCAAGAAGCCCAGCGAUGUGGAGCCGCGAACACAAGGGUUGGAAGAAGCGAAGAGGGAGAGUGAGACCCAACAAGAGGGCGAGUUUGCUUCUCGGAGCUACAGGUCACCACCCCCAGAGGUCGUCACCUCCACCCGGGCUGCCGGGCGAUCGAGUGAGCGGAGUGCGUCAGACAGGGCGAGCCAUAGACGAUACUCGCAUCGGUCAGCAGAGGCUCGGCUACCCGGCACGCGCUCAGCAUCGAGCCACGACAAGUAUAGGCUGCAGCAAAGACAAGCGGCGAAAGCCUGA